ACGCUCUCUCACGGCUCACGCUCAUCUCUCGCGCUGCCCGUAGCAAAAUGGAUUUGAUUAUUGUCAAAAAUUUUCCCUCAUGACGUUUCCAGUUUUGCGGCUAUCCCUGUGAGACGCGUAUCUGGUACGUGCAGGCAAUUGCCGUGUUAUCGUACCGUAGGCAUAAUGUUUUCCAAAUCACCGUGUGUAUCGUUAGUAUAAUGAAAAACCCGGAGGUGAUAACAGUCGUGAGAAGUUGAUAGGAGCAUUGGUAGUGAAGCAAAGCCAUAUGGAUGAGAUGCGUUUGACCGUUUUUGGAUACCAACUAUCAAUCGAACCGCACGACAUGACGGGAGCGCAAAGAACGGCACGAACGGGUAAAGAAAGAGAUGAUGUGUGUUUGUGUAAAAUCUCGAAAUCGAACGCUUGCCGUUGGUGUGGUGGUGAGAAAUUAGUUUAAGAAUACCUACUAGCGUGAGAUAAGUUCGUGACAAUAUAUACCUACCUGAAGCGCGAUAGUGUUGCACUGUGACCGUGUAAAUGUGCGUAAAUCAAACGUGAACAAAUGUAUCUAAGUAAUCGUUGACGAUGAUUCCUGUGCCACUGUUUGCCGUGCUGUUGGUGCGAGAGAGUGUGCAAUGAGAUGUGUCAAAUUAGUGGUGGAUUGUCCUCGCGGAAGCUGUUCCGGGCGUGUUGCAAGAAUCCAGAAACGGAAAGAUUUUCCAAACGUUUUAUCACGUACCACGAGGAAGAAUGUAGAAGAAAAACGUGCCGUUUUCGUGUGUGUGUGUGCGCGUGGAACGUACCAGCAAACGAUUGCUUUGUUUUCGAGCAGAAGAAUAGCUGGUGCUGGUUUCUUGGUGGUAGUCGGUUAGGAUAAGGAUAACGCGAAUCUUUGUGGUAAAUAUGGUGAAAAAGUGAAAUACAAUGGAAAAGGUGCCUUGGGAUGGCAAAAAGGCUGAUCCGCUCGGCGGAAGCUUCUUGACAAAACGUACACACACACGCACACAUGAUUGUUUCUCGUCCUAGUGAUGGCGGAAAACGCAUGGCCUAUUGAAAGAAAGUGGGUGAAUGACAUGAGUGAGUGAUGUUGAAUGGAAAAAUUUUCCCAAGCGAUUACUGCUUGGUGAUUCAACCUGCUGUUGGUACGAUCCUUGUGGAAUGUUUUUGUGUGGAUCUUGUGAGAAAAAAAUAGUGAAAGAGCGUGCUGUUUUAAAAUGUAUUGAAUCGUGCUGAAUUGCUGAAUAUCGUGGAGAAUGUAGCACAUGUGUGUUCCAAAUAGUGCUACUUUUCAUCUAGUCGCCAUCAAAUUACGCACACAGACAUUCUCACACUGCGAUGGUUCGUAUCGUACAGUGUAAGAACGUUGGUUAGCCUUCUUCUGUACAAGGAAAACACUCAGGAAGCGGGAUCGAAGUAGCUGCAGAAUGGAGCGUGUUUGGCGUAAAGUAAAUCAAGGCCUAACGUUACGAUCCUCAUCAUCGAAAGCUGCCACCACCGCAGCAACCGGAGUAAGCGGCGGUGGACAGACGACAGUGCCAAAUGUUUCGUCGGCCACAGCAGCAGCAGGACCAUCGGUUGGUACCGGUACGGCUGCUGGCCCUUCCGGUGUUCCCCACUCGACCGAUACGACAAGUUCGGCCGGUUUCGGUGAAUCACAGGUGGUGGCCGUACAGAGGCGCCGUUCGGUGGUGCCUCAGGCAAGCACGGCCUCGUCGGAAAAACGGCGGCGCCGGCGACGACGCAGUCGACCCAGCAGGGAAGGCGCAUCUCAAAGUGGCCAUGGAUCGGGUGGUCACCACAAAGGCCAUUCCUCGAAUGGACGACGGGGCAACAAUCAAACCGUCACUAUCGCGCAACAGUCCAACGAACAAUCGCUUAGACAACGAGCCGUGGCCCGUUUGAAGAUGUUCAACUUCAACCUCAACUGGGACCUGCACAUGACGCAGUGCAAACCGUGCGGGCCUAAGAGCAGUGGCAACAUUAUCACUCGCAGGCUGUGCCGUAAUCGGCGUGGCGAGGACAACGAACUUUACCGGUCGAACAGCUUCAAGUUCGAGCGGUUCGAACGAAAGGAUCCAAUGGAAACGGGGGCCAGGACAAUGCUGAGAAAACAGAUAUCUGUCUGUGAUGACUACAGCUUACCGAUUGACUUUGUAAAGAAACGACCGUCCAGUUUUGAUCCCUGCCUCGUACAGCAUAUACCAACCAAUUGGGCCUCUCCAAGCCCACAAUCAGAUCACGUUUCAUUUCUAGAACCAUUAAUACUGCAACAACCCUUGUCAGCGGUUCCGACCAUCGCCAACAAUAAUCUACCCACAAGCGCAACAAUAACAUCCGGCAUUCCGGUAGCUGGUACCAUUGGUCGUCCAUCGCUACCUUUAGUGCCAUCCGCUUCCGGUCCAUCGCUGUGUCAACCACAAACGGUAGUACCGGAUGCAGCGGCAACUGCAGCCGCAAAUACUGUCGCCAUCAAGACAUUGGAAGAGAUCUUCGAUACACGUCGUAGCUACAAAGCCACCGGAAGACACCGUGCACGGAGCCGUACCCGACGUCCGGACAGCUGUUCGGAGGUGAAGUAUAUAAAUCAAAACUUUAGUUCCGGAUCAUCUGCACCGGUAUCUUCCGAGGAGGAAGACAACGACGAAGAAGAGGACGAGCUAAGUAAGAUACCGGAGCUUAACUCACCGGAUAGCAUCUCGGACGAUUUGGUGCAACCGCUUCCAAUUCGGCAGAGUCCAGUUAAGACGACUGGGCCCGAUACGGCCAAACGGAAUCCAUCACCGUACUACUAUUCAGAUUUACUAAAGAAUAAGCAACGAGAAAAGGAAGCAACUGAUCGUGAAGUCACUCAGGAAGGUGUAGGUCGGGAAGAAGCUACACCGAAGCCCACUACAUCGCAAACACCCGGUGACGGUGGGAGUGUACGUCCAGGGCGUGAAGUGGGUGUGCGGUAUAAGAAGAGUAGCAGCUUAGACACACCGGGAGCGGAGAAGGAAGUUUGCCUACCGAAGCGUUACUCCAUCACAGAGGAAGGUGUGCGUAUUAUCCGGUGCGACUCACCGUCCACGACUACCUCGGACGAUUCGGACUGUUCCGAAUGUUGCAAGCGUCGGGCCUGGCAUGCGCAAGCAUUAGCCAUUACACGUGCAAGCUGUAACCUUGGUCCACUGGUCGAUGCUAGUUCGAUGCCACCGCACCGUUUGCUAGGACCAGCGGCAGUCUGUGCCUGUGCGACGCCUGCCUUCGGCGAUGAUAACGAUGAACUCUUCCGUCCGCGAAGUAUUUUCUACGUGCACCAACCGGGCGCAGAAGAUUGCGCUGACUGUGCCCUGAGCGACCCUGCAGCCCUAGUCCCGAGUGCCGCCGUACCGGACGAGAUGGCGAAUGUGCGCACGCGCCAGAUUUACGAGACGGCGUUCGAUUCGAAGAUCACCCGUUCGGACGAUGAUCUGGAUGAGGUCGAUCGUAUCACCAAUCAGAGUGUGCUGUUGCAGCUGACCAAGAGCAACAGCAGUAGUGCCAGCAAUAUGGUUUCGGGCCAGAAUCGCAGCAAGCGAUUAGAAUCGAAACGGAGCAAAGCUGCCACGAGUAAAACGCCUUCCACCGGCCAGCCUGUACCGAUCGGUGGGCCGGAUAUUGAAGGUACGGAUGAGGUCGGCAAGGCGGACCAGCUGCUAGCACAGGACCUGCAGGAGAAGCUACAGAUCGACAAACAAAUGGACAAUAUCGCAAACGCAAACUCAUCGUCUUCCUCACAGCUUCCCCUGCGGGGAUACACCCCAUCACCGCCGUCAACUGCGCCCCUUCCCAUGAAGUUCCCCGGCAAGCAUGAUCGGUUCUUCAUCAACAGCAUCAAAAGCGCACCGAAUCUUCCCUCCUCGAACGCGGUUGCCCAGCAUCCACGGCUCAAGGAUCUCCGGUUGGACAUACAGAACGUGCGCAACAAUGACGUUCCGACGGGUAGUUGCGACGGUAGCAUCAACGAUGGUGCCCCAUUCAGCCAUGGCAGUAAGGUGGGCGAACGGCCCCGAUCAACGCUGUGCCUGGAGCCCGAACGGGUGCUCGAACUGAAGCGAGGACACCGAACGUCGCACCAUCAUCACGGUAAGCAGUCGGCACAUCAGCAACGUGGGCGUAAUUUUUCUUCCACGGAAAGUAUGGCCACGUCUAGUAGUGGUGGUAGCAUGGAGUCUUUAAAAUCCAGCACCAGCGAAGGUAACCGAAGUACGUCUAGUUCGGAUUCGCGCCAUUCGUCAUCACUUAGCUCGCACAGUUCCGAUUCGGGACCUUCGUUGGCGUUCCCGCUGCGUGUACCGGUAGCCGUGCACAACAAGCUAAACAUACUAAGUCCAAUAUCGGACAAAUCGUCCCAAGAGCCGGGAUCGGAGACGUCCGACAUUAACAAUCGGAACAACAACUCGCAGAAACAGUCACCGGUGGACGGGACGGGCGUGAACGUAGUGAGCACUACUACUGCUGGAGGUACCUUGACCUCAGUAAGCAAGAAGGAGAGUGAUGAGAACGCUGGUGGAUGUGCCGUAGGUACGGAGGCUGUGAAAACGAGCGUCACAAAGAGACGUUCUGCACCGAAUAAGGCUUUGCUGUUAAUAACGGGUCCGGAAAUACAAGGCUCCGACAGUGGAAUAUCACUGCACUCACGCGAGGACCUAAAGUCUCGAACGAACUUUUUGAACAUGGGCAUUCAGCGUGCAUCGCUAAGCGGGCAGGAAAAGCAAGGUGACCAUAACAAAGGACAGGCUGGACUUCCACAGGACCUAAACGAUCUUCCUUUCGACAUGCCAAAGUUACGACGAAGAAGGGCACACUUGCAGCAGGAACCAUGCACAUCUGGCAGUGUCACGUCGGUGGACGUGGGUGAACUACCCUUCGAUAUGCCGAAGCUGAGGCGUCGUUUGCGAAUGUCGCAAAAUCAGCAACAUCAGCAGCUGCUGCAGCAUCAGUUGCAGCACCCAUUCCCAGGCACUGCGUCUACAUCGGGCGGUAUGUUGCUGCAGACGAGCACCGAAUCGAGCGGCCUGUCACAAGCGUCAUCCAGUCUGUCGAUGCGAGACUCCGAUAGCAAGCUGGCACUCGCUGGAGGUUUCUUCAAGCAAAGCUUAACGCUUAAUUUAAACGAAUGUGGCAGUCGGCCACCGAAGAAGUUUGGCACACUUGAUCUCGGUCUUAAUCUUGGGUCAAAUCGGCCCAAUGUGGACCUUAUCGAUGCAUCCAUUCCGCUCGAUCGGCAAGGCUGGUAUCAUGGUUCCAUCAGCCGGAUCGAUGCGGAAAAAAUCCUACGACCACUGUCGGAGGGAAGUUUUCUGGUGCGCAACAGUGAAUCAACCCGUCAGGAUUAUUCUCUCACACUGAAGAGCGCCAAAGGCUUCAUGCACAUGCGGAUACAGCGCGACACCGAUACGGGCCAAUUCAUUCUCGGACAGUUUAGCCGACCGUUUCCAACGAUACCGGACAUGAUAAGGCACUUCUGUUUGAAUCGCUUGCCGGUUCGUGGGGCCGAGCACAUGUGUCUUCUCGAACCGGUCAUUGCGCAAAUCCUCUGAGCUGCGUACCUAUAAGGACAGCGUGAUUUGUCGCGAGACCGAAAACUUAAAGUUUUCUUUUUUUUGCGAGAACACACAAUGAUCGAAAGCGAGUCUUGUUAGAAAUUAAGCCACAAGUCAAUGAAAUCAUAAAACAAAACAAAGCAACUUUUUGUUAGAAAGAUUGCAUAAAUGUAGGCGCGCCAAACUGUGUAGGUGCAUUUCGCAUUCCGGUGUGUGAUGUUGCUUUUGCGUAUGGCGUUGUUUUCAAAUUGAGAGCCACGCCAGCGAAAACGACACAGUUUUUAACACAUAUUUGCCCAUCCACAAUGGUAGCAGCCUUAGCCGCUGAAUGCAACUAGACGCGUAAACCUCAAACCAAAUUCUCCACAGUCUCUUCCAUCAAUAAGGUAUCACCAUUGUUUUUUUUUUGCCAUAAUUUAGAUGAGACCUUCGUGCAGAAGGUAACACACACACACACACAAACACUCACAGAAGGAGUAACAGAAGGCAGAACGGUAGCAGGUUUUAUGGACUAGCCGCAGGUACGCUUUCACUAGCGAUAUUGUGUACACCAAAAAGCCCAAUCGUUUCGAGGAUUAGGAUUGCGCAUGUUUCGUUUGCAGGGCUUUUUGGGAUUCGGUUUACUUUAUUUACUCCAUUGGUGACAAUAAUUGUUUUGUUCGCGCAAAGCAACGGAAGGAACUAGUUAUGGAUAGAAUACAUUGCGGCAAACAGCAUUAUAAGUAGAGAUUUAAAUAGACCUUCUCUCUCUUUCUCUAUGUAUGUGGAGGUAUAGGCGUGGUGGAGAGAUAGUGGUAUAAACGAUGUAGAGACAGGUGUGUAGAAAUGUCGUUUCAAAUGUUGUGAUACAAGAGCGCGGUACUCGUUUUGUUGACAAAAGAAAAGAAAUUAAAACUCACUGGUUUCCUUCACUUUCACCGUUAAUAGUAUAGGUUUCCUUUUCACCUUCCCUUGCAUCAGUUCCGUAUAAAUGUGCAAGCGGGCGAAGAAACAUGGGACGUGCGCUGAUUGGGGAAGUGAGAGAAGAGAGAAGGCAAAGAUUUAAUCCAAAAUAAUCAUUAAUGAAAGCUGUAAAUGUAAAUGUAAACCAAAGCAAAAAGCUCCUCACACCCCUCUUCCCCCUGAAUAAUGGUUGUCAGGCAGACAUUUUAAUAACACAUUUGUAUGUAAGUGGGAUUGGAAAAAUGCACCAAAAACUGAAUGCCAAAAUGAACGGUGAACUCUUUAUGUGAACUGUCGGGUGGUGUGGGUAGCAACACUUUUCUUCCAUCAAGCUGUUGUGUACUAAUAAUUCCAAUACACGCACUUUCUCCGUACGUUUUAACCUUUUAGUUUUAUUACGGUACAUUAUUUUGUACGUUGAAUAGUCUCUAUCGUUAGUCUGCAAUACCUAUCGAGUGCAAUACCAAAGUGUGCAAUACUAAGUUAAAACCAUCGCAAUGCGGCACAAACGGGGCCGUAAAAGGGCGGGCUUUGCUGACGACUAUAGCUGGUAGCGAUAGACGGUACUUUUGUGUAUUAAACCCGGAUAGCCAUCCCUACUUGUAGCGUGUGGAAGUUUGAACGUUCGAACUAGCGAUCGAUACUGUAAUGGCCAUAGAGAGGGCUAAUCAUUGAUUUCGAUUUGAUUCCGAUAAUUGAAGCACAAAGCAACGUAUUAUAUUAUUUCCAAAAAAAUAAACAAAGAAUAAAAAAAAACCGUGUGCAUGAGAAUGGUGAAAACUAUUACAAAGGCAACGUAUAUACUUCCGUUUAGCAAUUUUAGUAAUGAAUAGUUUUUCAGUAACCGUUAACAAAACGUAAAACGAAAAAAAAAAAACAACCCCAAUACUAUUCUAGAUGCUGUAAAAGAAUGUAUUCCUACCGUAAUAGACAUUAUCGUAAGGAAGAAGAAAACAAAAACAGUAAUAUAAUUUACCUACCUUAAUAAGCAUUAGGUUCGUUAGUGCUGCAACCGAAUAAGAGAAUAAAAUACAAACAUUGCCGCUGUUCUCAUUACACGGAAGUCUCAUGGACACAAACACUCCAACAAAAACACACACACACAUUCUCUCUAUCUCAUUUCACAUAUUAACAAUCACGUAGUGAUGAAAAAAGGCUAUUAUAGACAUUGAUACAAUAUAUUAUGAAAAUAUUUAAACAUUGAAACAAAAAGAAUGGUGUUUUCUUUCCUUUCUUUUUUGCCCGCAGACUAACUAUCCGAUGUACUUCUAUUGUUUUCUAUAUUAGUUUUAUUUUAAAGUAAAUAAUUUUAGGUUUUGCACACUAUUCGUCCGUUCUCAACUGGAACAGGAAAAGUGCAUUUGUGUACGAAAAAAACUUCUAAU